AUGGAAAAUGAACUAGUUUUAAGCGAAAAAGUAGAAGAACUAAAAAAUUUGAUAUAUGUGGAUGAUACUCCUUUCCAUCAUUUAGAUUUUGUGAAGGUACCAUGUAUCCCUUGCUGUGUCCUGCCUGGCUUAUCCUUUUUAAAUACUCGAGCCAUGGAGGAGCACAAAAACGGAUAUAGAAAAGAUGAAAUCAACGAAACGGAUGAAAUACUAGUAGAAUAUUUUUAUGCAAAGAGGCUACACAAAAAUAGCUUAGUAAAAAUAAAAUUUCCCGAAUGUUACGAAAUGGCAGGGGCUCUUUUAUCAGAUGCAACUGCAGCAUCAGUUGGAAAUUUGACACAUCUCUAUUUCGAAUUAGGAAAUGAAUUGUGCCAAAUGUUGCCGGAAAACGAAUGGCCAGUUGAGAAACUGGAAGAGUUGCUAUUGAUAGCAGAAAUGCGUAGAAGGGUUUACUUAAUGAAACAUAACGACCAGGUAGAUCAAACAUAUUUGGAAGGAAUGACAUUUAUGGAGAGAAAAAUGUUUAAUUCAUUUUCAAGGGGAACGGAUUUAGACAAACAAAAAGCAUCAUCAAAUAGGGAAAUUUUUAACUUUUUUGAAUUCGAUUUAUAA